AUGGCUGUCAAGACCCAGGCUCUCGUCUCAAGGGAGGUGAAUGUCGCCCCCAAGCUCGAGGAGAUCACCCUCGACAACAUCCGCGCCGACGAGGUGCUCGUUGAGAUUCAUGCGACCGGUAUCUGCCACACAGACUUCUCGUGCAUGAACGGGACACUACCAGCCGCAUUCCCCAGUGUGCUCGGACACGAAGGUACUCUCUUCAUUCCUGUUGCAAACCCAAAUCUAAUUUGUGAAAUCGUAGGUGCCGGUGUCGUGAUCGAAGUCGGCGAGAAAGUCAAGCACGUCAGCAAGAACGACAAAGUCCUGCUCAGUUUCGACCACUGUGGCGCCUGCUACCAGUGCGACGAAGGCCACCCAGCCUACUGCUCCGAGUGGGUUCCCCGCAACUUCGGUCAGAAGCGAAUGGAUGGAAGCUUGACACUGGCCGAUGCCAGCGGCGCAAAACUGCACGGAAACUUCUUCGGCCAGAGCUCUUUCGCCCGACACACGAUCGUCAGCAGCGCUUCGGUCGUCAAGGUUCCCGCAGAGACAAGGCUGGACCUUUUCUCGCCGCUCGGAUGCGGUAUCCAGACUGGUGCUGGUGCCAUCCUGAACACGCUGGACGUACAACCAGGCAAGUCCGUUGCCGUCUUUGGUGUCGGCUCAGUCGGCAUGAGCGCCAUCAUGGCCGCUAAGCUGCGGAACGCAAAGACCAUCAUUGCCAUCGAUCUGCAGCCCCAGCGCCUGGAGCUAGCGAAGAAGUUGGGCGCUACGCAUACAGUUAUCGGUUCAGACAGCGACGUCGUCGCGCAGAUCCAGAAGAUCUCUGGGUCCAACGGUGUCGACUACUCGGUUGACUGUGCUGGUAUUCCCCAGGUCGUUGAGAAGGCGCUGGACUGCCUUGGAACCCGCGGCAAGGGCGCCACUGUCGGCGCUCCCACUCCUGGUGUGCGUGCCGGAGUCGACGUCUUCUCUCAUCUCGUUAUGGGCCGUCAAUAUCUCGGGUGCUGCGAGGGUGACAGCGACACACAGAAGUUCCUGCCCUACCUGAUCGAGCAACACGCGAAGGGUCAGUUCCCUCUGGAGGAAAUGGUCACGUACUACCCCGUGAACGAAUAUGAGAGGGCGUUCAAGGAGGUCAAGGAAGGAAAGGCCCUCAAGGGAGUCCUUGUGUGGAACUAA